AUGUCUGACGGAGGAGACAGGAGUUUGCUGCAGAUGAAGGGACAAAAGAAGAUUGAUUUGUAUGAGCCUUCUCCUGUCCCCACAGCAGGCCCUAAAUCCCCAGCAGCAGCAGCAGCAGCAGCAACUGCAGCAGCAGCAGCAGCAGCAGCCGCAGCACGGGGUGGUUUUGCCGCUCAAGGGUUGCUGAGAUGCAUGCAGCAGCAGCAGCAGAAGGUGCGUCUGCCCCAGCUGUCUCCUCAGCAGCAACCAAGUACUCCUAGGGAGACACCAUCGUUUCCCCUGCAGCAGCAGCAGCAGCAGCAGCAGCAGGAACUGCAGAGACAGCUGCAGCAGGAGCUGCAGCAGCAGCAGCAGCAGAUAUUAUCUUGGCCUAAUAAGGGGAAGCGUCUCUCUUUCAUAGGUCUCCCCUAUAUAGAGCAAGAGGAGACACCUGCUGCUGCUGCUGCUGCUGUCUCCUUAGAGCAGCAGCAAAUCUGCAGCAAGCAGCACGCGAGCUCUUCAACUCCUGCAGCAGCAGCAGCAGCAGCAGCACAAGCAGCAGCAACAGCGGAAGCAUCUUGGGUUGACAGCUCCCUAUACACCUCAACUUUGUCUCCUCUGUCUCCCUCUUCUUCCUCGUCCCUUUCCCUCCUGUCUCCAACAGCAGCAGCAGCAGCAGCAGGACCCGAACCAGCAGCAGCAGCAGCAUCAGAACCACCAUCACCCGCAGCAGCAGCACCGGAACCAGCAGCAGCAGCAGCAAAACAGCCAACGUUAGCAUCACCUACAGCUGCUACAGCAGCAGCAACAACAGCAGCAACAGCAGCAACAGCAGCAGCAACAGCAGCAGAUAGAGAGGGGAAAAGGGACUCUCUGUUGCUGCAGUCUCCUUCCUUCCCCGAAGCCAAAGAACAAACUGCUGCUGCUGCGGCAGGCAGGAGACGCAGCAACAGCAACGGCAGCAGCAGCAGCAGCAGCAGCAGCAGCAGCAGCAGCAACGAUGAGCCUAUAUGUGCAACAUCAGAGAGUUUGCUGCUGCGUGUACUGUCUCCUCGUUUAUUAACAUCUAUUUGCUGCAGUUUGCUGCCUCUUUCUUCCUUGGUGUCUCUUAGCUGCUGCUGCCGUGUCUUGCUGCAGCUGUCUAUACACCGCAAAUGGAUAGACAAGGCAGUACGUAGGGGGGCCCUACAGGACUUAGUAGAUGAGUGCUGCUGCUGCUGCUGCAUGCGCAACAGAGCAGCAGAUAAGGAACAGUGCAACAACAACAGCAACAGCAAGGAGGCAGCGAGUAACAAAAGCUAUAACAGCAGCAGCAACAGCAGCAGCAGCAGCAGCCCUUGCAACAGCAGCAACAGCAGCGGAUACAGCAGCGGAUACAGCAGCGGAGAUGAGGAAGAGAGCGACAGCAGCGGAGAUGACUGCAGCAGCAGCAACAACAGCAGCAGAAGCAGGCGCAGCAACAGUAUACGCAGCAGUGAUGACUGCAGCAGCAUUUGCAGCAGCAGCAGCAACAGCAACAGCAAAGACAACAAGACAGGGAGCAACGUAACUAGCCCUUCCUGCCUGCAGCAGGAGCAGCAGCAGCAACAGCCGCAGCAGCAGGACGAUGAGCAUCAGCAGCAGCCGCAGCAGCAGCAUGAGGAUCAACACGAGCAGCAUCAUCAUCAGCAGGAGCAUCACCAUCAACAUCAGCAACAGCAGCAGCAGCAACAGCAGCAACAGCAGCAACAGCAGCAGCAGCAGCAGCAGCAGCAGGAGACGAAUUUGGGGUCUUUGCUUCCCCUAGAGGGCAGCAAAAGUUAUACGAUGUGCUGCAUGCAGUUGCUGCUAUUGACCCCAGCACGGGAUACUGCCAAGCAGCAGCAGCAGCAGCAGCAGCAGCAGCAGCAGCAACUGCAGCAGCGGCAGCAGCAGCAGCUGGUGCUGGUGCUGCAGCUUUGGCUGGCGCUGUGUCGCACAUGCAGCAGCAUUGGCAGGAGCAGGAGCAGCAACAGCAGGAGAGAAAGCAGAAGCAGCAGCAGCGAUAGCAGUAGCAGGAGUUACAGCAGCAGCAGCAAUAGCAGCAGCAGCAGCAGCAGCAGCAGUAGCAGCAGCAAGAGUAGCAGCAGCGGAGAUCAUGUGCAGGCAUUGAACAAGGAAAUAUUAUGCAUGGUUUUGGAUAGACUACCAAGGACAUGCAAUCAUCUGCAGACACAUUGUCUCUCUGUUGGCUUCUUUAUUACACAAGCCCUUAUCUGUGGUCUCCCUGGUUCCCUGCAACAGACGAAGCAGACGAAGCAGACGAAGCAGCAGCAGCAGCAACAGGAGCAGCAGCAGCAGCAGCAGCAGCAGCAGCAGCAGCGAAGGGGAAGUGGAGGAACUGUUGGCUUCUUCUUUAGGAAAGACAGCUCGGGUGUCUCUAUUAUUGGCGCCCCUCAACUUGUCUCCUUGCGUGGGUGUCUCCUCCCUGAGUCAACACUAGCAGCAGCAAAACUCCUGCAUCCCCAGUCCCCUAGCAGCAGCAGCAGCAGCAGCAGCAGCAGCAGCAGUACCAAGAGCAGCAGCAACAACAGCACCAGCAUUAGCAGCAACGAAAGCAGCAGCAACAGCAGCAACAGCAGCAGCAGCAGCAGCAGCAGCAGCAGCAGCAAGGAAUGGGUAGGGGUGGACAUGAGGGGUCUCCUAACUCGUCAAUAUAUGUGGGAGGGUACGUGGCUGCAUGCGCUGCUGCUGCAGCAACCUGCUGCUGUGCUGCAGCCCUUUGCCUUAUCUGAUUCCCUUAGGGAUUUAUAUUAUAAGUGUUGUCUCCAUCAUCCGUCUCCUGAUACCCUUGCAUUCACUACUGCUGCUGUUGCUGCUGCUGCUGCAGCAACAGCAGCAGCAGCAGGAACAGUAGACUCUUCCUCUAAGUCUCCCCACAGCGGUGCAGCAACAAGGGCUGAUGCUGUUGCUGCUGCUGCUGCUGCUAGGGGUGCUGCUGACUCCCCUGCUCCUCUCCCGAUUGACCCCACAAUCUUCAGCAGCAGCAGCAGCAGCAGCAGCAGCAGCAGCUGGGGCUGUGCGCAGUACUGCUUGUGGCCUCUAUCGGAGCUAGAGGAGACACAAAAGAAACUAAGGAAACAGGAAAAGGAGACACAUCAUGAUGUCUCUGUUUUACAAGAAAGGAUUGAAUAUGCAGAACAAAGGAGACAGCAACUAAUAGCUAGUCUUACCAGGCAGCAGCAGAAGCUGCUGCAGCUGCUGCCCAAUCAGGAGACAGCUGCGCAGCAAAAAGCAGCGGCAGCAGCUGAGCUUAACGCUGCCCUUACACACCCAGCAACAGAUCAACAGCAGCAGCAACAGCAGCAACAGCAGCAUGAAGAGCUGCCAGUGAAGAAAGGAGACAAAGAGGAUCCACUAUCUCCUGCAGGCCUCAACUCUGCUGCUGCUGCUGCUGCGGCUGCUGGCAGCGCCGCAACAGCAGCAGCAGAAGCAGCAGCAGAUAGCAGAAAUGGGGCAAACAGCAAGGAGGCAUCACCGACCCUUGAGAGCCGAGGGGAAGGCAGCUAUGCAGCAGCAGCAGCAGCAACAGCAACAGCAACAGCAACGGCAACAGCAGCAGCAGCAGCAGCCUCUCCAUCUGGCCUGUCUCGACCUCAUAGUGUAAAGGCGAUGCUCUAUGAGCUUCGAUUGCAGCAGCAGCGAGCAAACGUCAACCGCAGGACCUCUUAUGCCACAACGAAGCAGCAGCAGCAGCAGCAGCAGCAGCAAGACGAGAAACAGCAACAGCAGCAGCAGGAGCAGCAGGAGCAUCAGGAAGAGGAGCAGAAGGGCAUGGGAGACAGUGGCAGUGAUGGUGUGGAGAAUGCGGGGAAAGACUUGGAGAGGCACCCACGUAGAUAUAGCAGCAGCAGCAACAGCAGCAACAGCAGCAACAGCAGCAGCAGCAGCAACUUUGGCCCUUUUAGUCUAUCUGCGGAGACAUUUGGUUGGGGGAGGAGCAGCAGCAAAAAAGAAGGAGACAAUGCUAAGGAAAUUAUUGCCCCUCUACUAAAGAAGGUAGAAUAUUCUGCUGCAGCAGCAGCAACAGCAGCAACAGCAGCAGCAGCAGCAGCAGCAGCAACUUUGACCCCUUUAGUUGCUGCAGCAGAGAGGGUAGCAUCAAGAGCAUCUGCUGCUGUGCUGCAGCAGCGGGCUGUUUGCUGCUCUAUUGCUGAGGACCUGAGGGAGCUAACGGAAGCUAAAGACCAGCUGCAGGUGUCUCUUGUUGAUUUCCUUAAGAGUCAAGAAGAAGUAAGGAGACACCUAGCUGAGGAACUUAUUUUGCAUGCGCUGUGGGUAACGGAGCAGCCUUGCUUCCGUGCUGAGGAGACACCCCAGCAGCAGCAGCAGCAGCAGGAAGCUGGAGAGGCGACUGAGGUGGAGGAUGAUGUUGCAGCAAAGUAA